UUCCUGUCUGUCGCCGAGUGUAACCAAUCGAGGCCCGAGUAACCGACCGGAAGUUGACCGUCGAGUACGCUUUUUUCUUUUAUAACGGUUCAAAUUGUCUCAGUUAUCGUUGUCACUUAAUACGAGAUGAACCCCGACCUGACCUUCUCCUCUCGUCGGUCUCCCGUGGUGUGUUUACGCGGCUGCGUGGCGUCCAGUCAGCCGCUAGCUUCGACCGUGGGACUGGAUGUCUUGAAGCGUGGCGGCAAUGCGGCAGAUGCCGCGGUUGCAAUAGCGGCAGCGUUGGCGGUCACGGAGCCGUGCAGCACCGGGCCCGGUGGCGACGCCUUCUGCUUGUUCUACAACGGAAACACUGGAGAGAUCAGAGGACUUAACGGCAGCGGCCGUUCACCCAGAGCUCAGACCCUGGAGUUCCUGGAAGGUCGUGGUUAUUCUGCAGAGGCCCCUCCUUCACCUUUUCACGCGCUGAACGUAACCGUCCCAGGGGCCCCGGCGUGUUGGUGGGACACCGUACAACUGUUUGGUAGUCGCAAGCUUUCCUUUCAGGAGGUGCUGAGCGGGGCGGUGGAACUGGCAGAGGUGGGGUUUCCUGUCGCCAGGGUAACGGCUCACCACUGGGCGAAGUGGGUGGCUGCUCUGAAAGAGGAUGGAAAGGAACUAGGUGGGGACCUGCUAAUUGACAAUCAUGCGCCCGAAUGUGGACAAGUAUUCAGGAACCAGGCCCUGGCCCAAACACUGAAGGAGCUGGGCGAACGGGGGAAACCAGCUUUCUACCAGGGCCGAGUGGGCCAAGCCAUCGUCGACGUCAUCGGCCGACACGGGGGCGUCAUGACCCUGGAUGAUCUCAGCAGCCAUGACAGUGAGGUCAUCGUGCCCGCGAGCACAGAGUACAAGGGCGUGUGUCUGUGGGAGCCGCCACCUAACAGUCAGGGACUGGCUGCCCUGCUGCUGCUCAACAUCCUGGACAACUUCCCUCUCAAAGCUAUGGGCCAUAACAGUCCAGACUACGUCCAUGUUUUGGUGGAGUCUGUGCGUCUGGCACUAACAGAUGCUCUGCGUUACCUGGGCGAUCCAGACCAUGUGACCAUCCCUGUCGAGACCUUACUGGACAAGAGCUACAGCCAUCAGCGAGCACAGCACAUCCGCAUGGACAGCGCAAUGGAGGGAUUGGAGCCGGGCCUAAUGCCAGGAAGUGACACGGUCUAUUUCUGCGUGAUUGACAGCGAGGGUAAUGCCUGCUCAUUCGUCAACAGCACCUAUAUGGGCUUUGGGACGGGGCUAAUCCCAAAGGAUUGUGGAUUCUCACUACAGAAUCGCGGCGCCAACUAUCACACCAUAAUAGCUGCACUUCUCACUGCCUCUGCGACCGAGUCACAAAAACCACAACUGCUCGCCGCACUCGGGGUGAUGGGCGCUUUAAUGCAAACACAAGGACACGUGCAGGUGUUGCUGAACAUGUUGGAGUUCGGGAUGAAUCCUCAACAAGCUCUGGACGCACCGAGAGUCAACGUAGAGUACGACCAAAAAACUGAUGAGUGGUCGGUUCAUCUGGAGGAAGGGGUCGACCAGGAAGUAGCUGAGGAGCUGAAAAGACGGGGACAGAAAGUCAACUGGCCAGUCACAGGCCACAGGAGGUCUCAGUUUGGGCGGGGACAGAUCAUCACAGUGGGGGAUUGGUGGGAUCCAUCUGUCAAUCAAGGCGACCGUCCGACCACCAGGUUGCUGUGGGCGGGAUCGGACCCCAGAUCCGACGGAUGUGCUCAGGGAUACUAGACAUAACUGUAGAGCUGCAACAUUAAUAAUCGACUACUAAAUUAGUCGCCAACUAUUUUGAUAAUCGAUUAAUCGGUUCAAGUGUUUUUUUCUGAUUUCAGCUUCUUGAAUGUGAAUAUUUUCUGGUUUCUU